CCAAAGAUCCUCUGGCUUGAUGUCUAUAUACGUAUGGAGGAGUCUGGGUGUUGGUGGGAAGCCGAACGAUGUGACCGUGUCGCAACAUACCUCAUCCGCCUCCGCAGAGAUUUGAACGGGGAGUACGACGAUGAGGUCACGGCUCUCCUCGCCGGGGUCGAAUCGACAAGCAGGAUCCUGCGCGAUGCCCACGAUCUUUUUCCAUUCUACCGACCCCGAGUACUUCUGGUCCUAUACUACCUUCAUAUCGUUUUACCGUGCCUGAGCAGGACCUUGAGGGACAUGAUGAUCUAUAUCAGCCAUGAUGAACUGCCCCCCUCGAGGAAAUGGGUUUUAAUGAACGAACGAUUGAGCGACCAAGGAGGGAUGCCACUGGCCUCCCGCUUUGUCAUCUACUUCGACUUUCUGGUGCAAUGUAUUCGGUUAUUAACUAGAUCGUUUCUGUAUGACCCAGCCGUCCUAGAGUCGUUACGCACGAGGAUAUUGAGGUUACGGCGUCUCAGAAUGAUUCCAGAACCUCCGCGUCCACUCCAGCCCCAUGUUGCGCCUCCAACACCCACUCGGCAAGAUAUUGAACAACGCCAUUGGGCAGAGAAGAUCUUUGACGAGCAGCCUUCAACGACUGGCCUAAGACACCGGCGAGUAUCCCGAUGCUUCGGGCCUCCAAUGGUAGAAGAGAGUCUGGGAAUACCGAGAGGUUCAUCAGUUCUGUUCAAAUUGCCGUUCGACAAGAACCGCUUGUCUGUAACGCUUUAUCUCAAUGCCGAAGGCGCUGAUAUGACGAGGCUGCUAUGUCGCUGGAUGGACCCGCAAUUCAACCCGAUGUAUUCUUGUUAUGGCGUGCACGAAUUAUGUAUCAGACGAAAAGGCUCUUCUCUGCAGUUCCGUCGAUGGAAUAAUAACAGAGCCCAUUCUACGCUCUGGCUGGCUCUGUUCUUCAAGACUUGGGAAAAAAUGGUGCUCUUCCAUGCCACUUUUGUUGCCUUGAAGGCUCGCUGUCCACUUACCGUGGCGAUUAAUCCAGACGACUACCGACUUUCGGGGGAGGAGGAAUUAUUUCAAGGGAAAAUCAUCGACGAUGGCUUCGAGCAUACUUUGUCAGUCUUCCAGGACAAGAAGUGUCAUGGUCUCCGAUUACACGCCGCCGUUUUGUCAGGUGUGCUUCGAAAGUGUCCUGUCUGGACUGCUUUUGUAACAUAUUCCUCCGCCUCCCCUAACUGGCUCAUACGCCGCAGCGCACACCGAAUCCGGAUCAACGACAUACACCCGUAUGUCUUUUGCAAGGAAUAUGAUCCGACUAACCAGAUCCAUAGAGGUGGGAAGUUUGAGAUCUGCUUCUUUACGGAGAGAUCCGCCGAUGAAUUCGAGGAUCUUUUCAGAGAGCCAAGCGAGCAGGGUUCGGUGAUGGAGAGCCAGGACCCCCCGGAGGGUGGUGGUGGUGAUGGUGAUGGUGAUGGUGGUGGUUGAUGAGCCACGUUCACCGUCGCCUGACCGCCUUAUUACGGUUAAAUUAAUGAGAUUUGCUCUCGCAAGGAUAAAAUUUAUAGAAUGAUAUGAUUAUGUAGGGGGUUUCUGAUCUCCAUUUUCCGUGUGCAGGUUAGAACGUUUUUGAGAAUACCAAGCAGGAGACUUGCAGGAUUAGGAGUGUAGAAUACCCAAUGAUUAUGGUUGAACCCUACUACUUGAUAGAAAGCAAUGAUUUACGCG